GCUUUUUGGUGCGGGUCUUCGAGCCAAAAGCGCUUGGCUCUGCGUCUGUCAGUGGUUGCUGUGCUGCAUUUUGUGCCUUGUGAGCUCAAAUUGAUCGGUGGUACGAAAUUCGCACGGCUGCUUCCGCCGGGGCGCAUUACAAAGCCAUGAUUUUAAGAUGUGCUCUGGCAACCCUGUGCGCACUGACGGGCGCGAUACGUACUGUUUCGGGCCUCCAAGUACCUGCGAGACCCAAACAGAUCAGAUGCCAGCGCGCCGCGGCACCGGCGCCCGCGCCUCAGGAAAACGAGGGCGACGCCGCGCCGGCGGCGGCACCGCUCGCGCGGAGCGAGGACGCGCCGCCGCCGCCGUCGUCGAAUCCCUUCGACGCCCUGAAGAAGGGCUUCGAGGUCGCCGUGCAGAGCGCCACGAACAAUCCGGACUACAAGUUCGGUGACGCGACGCGCAGCGUCGGCCGGGGCGCGGCCAGCGCGAUCAACGCCGUCACGGGCGAGACGGAGUACAAGUUCGGCGACCUGAGCCGCUGGCUCGACCGCUCGGCCAAGGCUAAAGUUAAUGAGCUCACGGGCGAGGCGGAGUACAAGUUCGGCGACCUCUCGCGGUGGCUCGACAGGAGCGCGAAGGACAAGGUCGCCGAGCUGUCGUCCAAGGACCAGUACGAGUUCGGCGACCUCACGAAGCUCAUCGUGAGCCGGGCCUCGCAGCUGACGAUGAAGGACGCGACGAUGCUCCUGAAGGCCCUGCUCUCGUUUAAUGUUGGAUUGUCCUCGGUCGGCGGGCUCCUACCGAUCAAGUUCCUGGUCGAGGUGCUGAACUAUUCGCUCCUGGUGGACGUGGGGGAACGAUUAGCGGGCAUGGUCGCGGUCGAGAUCGACAAGCGCGUAAAGGAGGCGUUGACGGGGGAUAGUGAGUACAAGCUGGGCGACCUCACGAAGCGCGCGGUGAAGACGUUUACGAGAAAAGAGAAUUAUGAGUUCGGCGACGUCUCGCGAGAAGUUAUGAGGCGCUUCGAGGAGCCGGGCGGCGACGCCGCGACGGCCUUCGGCGACUCCGACGGGUCGACGGCGAUCGACGCCGAGCUCGCGGAGGAGCUCGACCGAUGGGAUGCACGAUUCCUUGCUCGCGACGCGGACACGACGACGGCGUAAUUUUGUUGUGUAGUUCUUA